AGUGAGGACAUUAGAGCCGAGGACAAAACUGGAGGUGCAUCAUUAAUGCGCUGGCGAGCUCGAGCGGGACACGGCGAUAGAUGAACAGAGGGAGGUUUUCUUCUUCCGGCACAGUCCAUCCAUUGGAAGGAGGAGGAGGAAGACGAGGAGCAAAAGAAGAACGAAAUGCAAGUUUGAAUUCUGGAGCAGGCCGAUUCACGCGCCGAGACCAGCCCCGCUGCCGAGUGUCGUCGUCGUCCUUCCGCUCGACGUGAGGACGAAUUUUGGUGUUCGUUGGAGCUUCGUCGACGUUGCCCGAGCGCCCGAAUCGGCAGUUUGCGAAUUUCUCCACCGUCGCCUCGCUUUGUUCUUCGACCUUCUGUCGGGGCCUGGGCGUGUGCGAUGGCCGUGGGCGAAAUGGCGUGCAUUUUUCGCGGGCGAUUGUGCUGAAAAACCUGUAUUUUUGGCCCGCUUCUGGUGUUUCACAGCCAAUAUCAGUGACACUAGCGAAGGUGUGGGAAGAAACUUCUUGAUUGUAUCAGGAAACAGUAGGCAGAUUUUUCUCUGGAGGAUUGUGUAGUGCUGUGGUUGGGCAUCGGAGGGGUUCCUGUAAUCUAGAUGAGUGGAAAAAUAUCACUUGUACCCGGGAAGAUUCUGGAUGGUGGACAUUGCUCUCUCAACAGGUUAUAUUUGGAACUUUACUUAAAGAUAUGAACUAUGCCCAGUGCCGGCAAAGAGUUCGGCUGGCUGGAAAUUGGAAGUACGGAAGUUUGUUAAGCAGAUUUGACAGCGGGUGAACAGCGAAGUUCCAAAGAGGGAUGCGACGAGGGAUCCUUGGGUUCAUCUGCUCCUCAACAACUCUGCAAGGAGAAGUGGAACCGAUCGUUUUAGCCUAUUUGGGUCUCGAUGGAUUUUAAGUGGCAUCAGCUCUAUUAGUUUGGCUUGAUUCAGUUUGCAGUAUUUAGAAGGAAGGAAUCUUUGAGCUGUUAGGUGAAUGUGCUCGUGGAAGCUGAGACGGAGCUUGAGGGAACUUUUUCUGUGAAAACUGGACUAGUUCUACGAGCUAAGGUUCGAAGCUGAAGAUACAAAGCUGCUGCAAUGUUUUAUUCUCAGUUCAUCCUUGCCAAAAAAGGUCCAUUAGGGACAAUAUGGAUUGCGGCGCAUUUGGAGCGGAAGCUCCGCAAGAACCAAGUCACAGAAACGAAUAUCAGUGUCUCUGUCGAUUCAAUUUUGUUCCCAGAAGUUCCCAUUGCUUUACGAUUGUCAGGGCAUCUGCUUCUGGGAGUUGUGCGAAUCUAUUCUCGGAAAGUGAAUUAUCUCUUUCACGAUUGUAGCGAGGCUUUAGUGAAAAUCAAACAGGCAUUUCAUGCGGGAGCGGUUGAUCUUCCGCCUGAGGCUGCAACAGCACCUUUUCACUCAAUCACUCUCCCAGAAACAUUUGACUUGGAUGAGUUCGAACCUCUCCCGGACAGAGAGAUGCACUUGCUUCACUCUAAUGGAGCGGUUGAUCAUCACGUGACCACCCGUGAGCAGAUUACUUUGCAAGAUCCAUUGGAGGAUAGUAGCUACUUGGAAUCGCAGUUCGGUCUGGAUGAAAGGUUUCCAGAAGGUGAUGUUCCACGAAUGGGCAUAGAUUUUGACGAGGACUUACUAGACAAACCCUCUAGGGAGGCAAGUCCAGAUGCUGUGACUUUACAAGAAGAUGAGGUUUUACGGGUAAAUAUGGGGGACGGCAUGGACUAUGACGAAAUGGAUAGGAUGGAGCCCAUGGACGUGGACGAUGAUCAUCAUGAACCUGGUACACCUGCGCUCGGUAUGGACAUGGAUUUGGAUUAUCAACCCGAGGCAGAAGGUAUUGAGGAUGGUGAUUUGAACAGAAGUCCUGGUAUGAUUGAGGAUUUGGAGCGUGAUCGCCAUUCUGAAGAGAUCGAACACGACAAUUUUGAGCUUGAGUUGAACAAACCAGAUCAGUUAGAACCUGCUACGCCUGGAACACUUGAAACUGAAGAGGACGAAGGGAAGGGAGUGUUUGUCGAGGAGGCAGAUAAAGAAGAGAAGGUGGACGAGGAAGAGACUGCGGAGAAGCCAGGAAUUGAUGACCAUGUUCAGAAGGCGGACGAAGAAGAGCCCUCCUUCGAGAAAGAGGAAGUAGACAAACAGGAGGUGGUCGAGGACGAGAGGGCUGGUUUAGAAGUUGAGCGGGAGACUUCUCUGGAGAGAGAGAGAGAGGCAGAGCUACUGGGAGAAGGAGUGGGAGAAGGAGAAAGGCAAGGAGAAGCAGAGGGAGAGGUAGAAGUAGAGGGUGAGGUCGAAGGAGACGUGGAGGGCGAGGGUGAGGGUGAAAGAUUAGGAGGGUUACCCAGAGAAGAUGAUGGUAAGCUUGAUGUGGACUAUAGUCCCGAGAUGAUCACUGCUGAGGAGGAUGGCAAGGUGGAUGAUGAGAACAAACAAGAGGUGCCGGAAUACGAGACAGUUAUGUCCGCAGUUGAGGUUCCAAACCAGGAACCUGAUGUGUUUGAUCUUGACCAGGAUAUGGAGAGGGAAAUGCCAUUCAAAGACCAAGAUGUGUUUGUAGAAGAUAAGGACCCAAUGUUAGUAGAAGACAGAGAGGCUGUUAUGCAAUUGGACGACCCAAUAUUAGGAGCAGGGGAACCUGUCUCUCCUGUGAACUCUCCAGCCAUGCCGAUGUUCAACCCAGAUGCUCUUCCGGGGGAUGACGACGUGCUAGCCUCACUGCUAGGUAGGGGUACUCCUGCACUGAAGUUGAUACCUACCCCUAGCGAGACUGUUGCUGUGCCUAAACCUCGUCGAAAGCAGGGGCAAAGGAAAAGGAAGAUUGUGAUGGACAUGACUACAAUCCUACCUGCAGAUGUGAUGCGGGAACAGCUCAUGAAUACUGAUGACAUACGUAGAGUUCGGAGAAAGGCUCCAUGUACUAGACAGGAGCUCUGGAGUGUCCAAAAAGAUACUUUGGGUCAGCAGAUCUUUUGUGAACAUUCUGUACCCGGUCUUUGUGGCGAUCUGCGGAUAUUAUUUCAGCGAGUAUAUGUUGCCGGUGAAGCCGAUUUACCAUUGGCUGACGAUGGUCAAGCCGAACCAUCUGUUAGUGAAGCAGCUCCUGAACAGCAAGAGGCAUUUCCUCUUGAUGACGCUGCGGGAGAAAUGCAGGUGGAUGCCGAAGUGGCCGAAGUGGCUGAGGCUCAUGUUGAGCUAGUUAUAGAGGAUCAAGUGUUGCAAGUAUCUCCUAAUGAGCGGCUCGAAAAGGAAGCAGAUGCGGCGCCCGUAGAAGUAAUGGCAAAUGAGGCUCCUCGAGAACCAGACGAAUCUCAAAGUUUGGAUGAUGGCCAAGAUGCAGGAAAGGCGUUGCCGCCUAUUCAGUACGAUGAAGCAUCUCCUGUAGACGGUGCCGUAGCUGAGGCUGUAGAAGCGGAGACAACAGAUGCCUACCGCACUCCAGCUGAAAUUGUUAACGAGGAUGGGGCCCAAUUCUCGACAUUAGAGGUAUCGAUUGAGGAAAAAUCUCCCAAAAGUCCUACUACAGAAGAACCUUUGCUUGGGCUGGAGCAGGAAGUAGUUGAAGAGAGGGAGGAGGUUCCGUCCGUGAAUAAGGAAGUUGAUGGGGACAGUAUCACAGCACCUGCCACCGAGGUUGUCGUUGUAGUUGAUGCUGAGACUGAGGCUGAGGCUGAGCUUGAUGUCGAGCCCAUCCAGCCUGAGGUUGAGGCUGCUGGUCCUGCUGAGCCUGAGCCUGAGCCUGAGGUGGAGGUUGACCCUGUGCAAGUUGCUGAGAUUGUGAAUGAGGACGUUCCUGAGGUUAUUAUGGAAGAAAUGCUCGAGCCUAUCCCUGAGAUGCUGCCUAUGAAUAUUGCCGAAGACAGCAACGUAGAUGAGCAGAAGAGCCUCGAAGGAGAGUUUGUUGGUACAAAGACAGAUGAUCCAGAAGUUGCUUCACCUCCUAUUCAAGUCGAAGAAGCUAAGACUCCUGAAGAACAGCCUCCUGUUGAAGAGCUCGGUUUUCUCGCUGACUCCAGAGAUACUGUAUUUCUGGCGGCGGAUGACGAUGAUUUAUGUGAAGAGGCUGAGGAUUUCCAAGAUGGCAACGACUACGGACAAAAAGAAACUUUAGUCCAGGACAAUAGCGGUUGGUCAGCAAGAACGAGGGCUGUCGGACAUUAUUUGAGAUCAACAUUAGAGAGCAAAGAUGCACACAUGAAAAAGAGGGAAGAAGAGGGAAUUCCAAAACUUGGACUUGAUCAAAUAUUGGUUGGAAAGUCCAGGAAAGAAGCCGCUCGAAUGUUUUUCGAAACAUUGGUUUUGAAGACGAAGGACUACAUUCAUGUUGAACAGGAUGUCCCGUACGGUGACAUCCAAAUAUCAGCACGACCUAAACUUCUGAAGGCGAACUUUUAGAAGUUGGCGGACGUGUUUUAGAUGAUCAUAGACAGCAUGUAUUGUAUUUAGGAUAAAGAUGAAAGUUAUUAUACUUAGGAGAGAUCCCCUUAGCCAUUUUAUCAGGGAUUGUAGUGAUCCAUCUUGUCACAUGAUCAUUUGUCCACUUAGGAGUGGUCUGUUAGUGAAAGUUUGAACGUAAUUUCAGACGAAAUUUGUAAUUGUAACUGUUAAACAUUCCAUCUGUAAAGAAUUAUGUGUG